AUGAGCAGCGCGGUCCGCUACGAGCGCCAGGAGCAGAUCGGCUCCGGCACGUUCGGGCACGCCUGGCUGGUGCGCUCGCGCGCCAGCGGCCGCCAGUACGUUGUCAAGGAGAUCAAGGUGACGGCGCUGCCCGAGCAUGAGCGUGAGCAGAGCGUCAAUGAGGUCGCCAUCCUGUCGCAGUGCAAGCACGUCAACAUCAUCCGUUACAAGGAGGCGUUCAUCGAGCACAGCUCCGGCUCGCUCAACAUCGUGAUGGAGUACGCCGACGGAGGUGAUCUGUACGCGCGCAUCGCAGGCCAGCGGGCUACCGACGACCACUUUCCCGAGGAUCUGAUUCUCAACUGGUUCAUCCAGAUCACCUUCGCCGUCCAGUACCUGCACAGCAAGAACAUUCUACACAGAGAUCUUAAAACUCAGAAUAUCUUUUUAACGAGCGAGAACCUGGUGAAGGUGGGCGACUUCGGUAUCGCACGCACGUUGCGGAGCACCCAGGAGCUGGCUACCACUGCCAUCGGCACACCGUACUACCUGUCCCCGGAGAUAUGCCAGAGGCAGCCGUACAAUCACAAGUCGGACCAGUGGGCGGUGGGAUGCAUCGUCUAUGAGAUGUGUUGCCUCACGCAUCCCUUCAACGCGAACAGCUUCGAGAAUCUCGUGCUGAAGAUCCUACAGGCUCGCUACAACCCGAUCCCUAGUCACUACAGCCUGCUGCUGCGUGACCUGGUGACGGUGCUGCUGCGAACCCAGCCGGACCGGCGCCCCUCCGCCGAGCAGGUGCUCAUGAUCCCCGCCCUCAAGCCCUUCGUCGACUCCUACGUCCAGUGGCAAAACGCGGUGCUGUCUCCACGUGGAGGUCAUCGCACUGCCGGCUCCGGUAACGCAUCCAGCAACGGCUCCAGCAACGGCAGCAACGGCUCCGACGGCACGGACCGAGACAGCCUGUCGUCGAGCCACGAGGACGUGUGCGCCGCCUCAAUGACGGUCGACUCGCUCGAGACACCGGCUCCGGCCGAGGCGGACACGCGGCGGCCCGCUGACCCGCGGCCCUGGCGCUCCCAUUACGCCAACCAACUGGCCGAGAACGAGGCCGGGCGCGACGAGCCGCGGCGCACCAGCGAUGCGUCCGGAUCUCAUACCCGGCACCUGCUAUGA